AACAAUUUCUUAUUUAGCUUUUCAGUUCUCUAAGUUCACUUAAAAGGUUCUAAUUAAUGAUGGCAAACCUCCUUUCCUUCCUAUUAUUCUUUCUUGCAUUGGUUAGAAUGGGAAGUCCUGCUCCUGCAUCAAUUUCUCCAGAAGCUUACUGGAAGCUUAAGCUGCCUUACACUCCCAUGCUUCAAUCUAUCAAGGACUCACUACCCCCUGCUGGUCCAUCGAUGAAUAUGCCACUUAAAGAAUUUCGACCAAGUGCAAAAGCAUCAUUAGCCAGUAUCGAUGGUCCAUACAUUGGAUUGUUAUCUUACAACAAAAAGUCUUUGACUUCUUCAAAUCCCAGCUAUUUAUCUUAUGAUAAGCAAGGGUUGGGCUCGAGCAAUCCAAGAUACCUUUCUUACAAUAAAAAUGGCUUAGACUCCGUAAAUCCAAAGUAUUUGUCUUACAAUAAGCAAGGAUUAGAUUCCAAAAAUCCAAGCUAUUUAUCUUACAAGAAACAAGGUCUAGAUUCCCUAAAUCCAAAGUAUUUAUCCUACAAUAAGCAAGGAUUGAACUCCAACAAUCCUAACUACCUUUCUUACAAUAAACAAGGUUUAGACUCCCUUGAUCCAAAAUAUCUAUCUUACAAUAAGCAAGGAUUGCAAUCUAGAAGCCCAAAGUAUCUAGCUUACAAUAAGCAAGGUCUAAACUCCAACAAUCCUAAGUAUUUAUCUUACACUAAGCCAGACCAUGCCGAAGAGUCAUUCCAUGUUGAUGAUAAUGCUAGUAGCAAAACCAAAGAUCGAGUUUUCUUUGUUGAGAAAGAUCUUCAUGUAGGAGCAAAAAAGACCUUGCACUUCCAAAAGAGCGUCAAAAAGGGUCUCUUCCUACCUCGUGAAGUUUCCAACCAAAUACCCUUUUCAUCCGAUAAAGUUGAAGAAACUCUCCAAAUUCUUUCCUUAGACCCUAAAUCAAAAGAGGCAUAUGUUCUCUCAAAGAGGAUCGAGCUUUGCGAGGAGCCUACAAUCGAAGGAGUCGAGAAGAAAUGUGUGACCUCACUCGAGUCCAUGGUAGACUAUGUUAUCUCCAAGAUUGGUACAAAUGUGAAAGCACUCACAACACAAGUAGAGAAAGACUCAACAACGGAGAAUACAAUCAAGGGGUUGAAAAAACUUGUUAAAGAUGAUCGUGAGACCGUGGUUUGCCAUAAGAUUGGAUACCCUUACGCCGUGUUUUUCUGCCACAGGACGAAGACAAUAAGGUCUUACAUGGCCUCCUUAGUAGGAAAAGAUGGUACCAAUAUAGAAGCAGUUGUCGCGUGUCACAUGGAAACGAAUGAUUUCUUGGACAAUUACGCGAAAAAUGUUCUUAAGAUUGUGCCAGGAAGUACUCAUAUUUGCCAUUUCCCAGCUGCUGAGGAUACCAUCAUCUGGGUUCCCAAGUAGAGGUGCACGUACGUACGUACAUGUAAGCGCGCUUGUAAUUGGUGUUGAUCGAACCAUUGAUGUUGUGUGUGACCUUAAAUAGACAAUCUUAGCUAGUUGCUUUAUAUUCUGCCUUUGUUUGAAGAAAUAAGUUGUUACUCGUAUAAUUUUUUGCUUCACUUCGCAAGUGCAUGUAACUUACUAUUGCUUUUUGAGUACUAAUGUACUACAAGUAUAUUAUAAUUGGUGAAGUAAGAAAUAAGAAUUGAGUACUUUUUUGUUUCUAA